AUCACCUGCGCGCCUCUUCAACGCUUACUCCGUCCACGCCCAUAACGCCAUUCGGUCAAGUCCGGCUGCCGGGUCCGUUCGAUCCCGCCGAGGUAACACCCGAUGUAGUGGCUUAACCGGCAUUUGUUUUUGGGAAGGGGUUAAGAGUCAGGGUCCCCCUGACAAGUUACUAGAUUGGGAGGUUGAGUGGUUGCAGCAAACGAACGCUUUUUCCAUAAUAUUCUUAUGUCACUCCUUGCACGAAAAUGGCGACAAAUUUCAACGCGGAAUUUCCACUUUCAACGAUAAAGUUGCCUCGUUAUUGCUUAGACGGGUGGAAUUCAAGUGACACCAUCACAUCCGCCCAUGACGAGGCAUCUCCACCGUGGAAAGCGAGAAACCCAUACAAUCACAUAAAAUCGAUCGCCGUUAUUAUGUACGUAUACUACAUUGUAUCAAUGCUAAAAAUAAUCGACUGCCAGUACAAUGAACCUUCAUUAAUUAGCGCAUAUUCCAUACAUUUUUCUCACUAAAUUUUCAACCCUGCAAGUGUUUCGGUUUUGACAAUCGUCACGUUUUGCAAACAAAAUCUCUUAAUUAUUAUUUUAAGUGUCCCCCCAAACCAUAAUUUUUAUGGAUUUGGUCACUUUAUUUUUGUAUGGAAGACCGCGUGUUUCGUGUUUGCGAACACUUGCGAAGACCUGCUAACGUUGUAGUACGUAUAUCGUGUACUAUAGGCACUAUAGAUAUAUAAGAGUAAAGAUAGUAUAGAUAGUGAAAGUUUCGUGACGUUUGAAUAAUAUUGUAUACAACAUAUCAUUUUUUGUACGCUUUUACGGUUGUCGGUAAUGGGUUUAAUAUUUGACGAGCACUUCAGAAGCAACAACGCAACGAUCAUAUAGUACAAAAUCAAGAUAAAAAUUGCCAUGGUAAACGAUCGCACAGGCUUACGUUUUAUACUUAAGUACAACACGUGGGAAGGAGAAAGUCAGUACAUUUAUGUACAAAAUGUCGUAUACUCAUUGUCCACUACGAACCUUCAGUCACGUGAAACCGAUUAUUCGCAUUUAACUGUCCGACUUAGGUCACAUAAGGUUUUGUACAACAUUUUUCAACCCACGCGAUCACAGCAAAGACAUAAAAUACAACGCGGGUGCUCUUUCUUAUCUUUGACGUCCAAGUUUUGCUCUUUACUAUCGUUUACACUAUACAGUUGUAAGUAUUCAAAAGGAUAACGCAUCGAGUAAUAGCUACAAAAUCGUUGAAAACGGCAUUUUAAAUUUAUAAUUCUUCUUUUCCUUUAUGAAAGGUUAAUGCCGAUUAGUCCAAAAGCCAGACCCUUUCAGUGGCGUUUAAAUCAUAGGCGCGACUAGAGCUCAAAUAUUGGGGGUGCUGAAAUUAUGUCAUCCUCGCAAAUAUGUAAUUCACAAUUGUUUUUGCAUACACAUAUAUAUUGGUAGAAGCGACUAAAAAAUAUGUUUACUGUUUUUGUUAAAAAAAAAAAAACACAAAUUAUUUUUAAAUAUUUUUAAAAAAUACCUAAUAAAUAAAAAUCUCAUUAUUUUUCGGAUUUUCCUAGUAUUAUACAAAAAGUCGCCUAAAAAUGUACAACAGUAUGAUAUGUUGAAUUUUUCAAAAUCGAUCAAUUCGAACGGGCGUUAAGUGUAAGGUGAAUGGGUUUUGAUAGUCAAUCGCGUUUACGGUAAAAUGUCAAAAUUGAUAGAUCGUUUUCGGUUUGCUUAUAAUAUACUUUUCUUUUCGUUGGAGCUUGACAUUUUGUUAUGUAGUUUCCGGCGAAACGACGUUCGACCUCACCUUAUACAUGCUUAAAACAACGCCAAACUUAGAGUACAGUUCCGGAUAUAUUAGCAAAAUCGACAUUUUUUGCACGCGCGACAGUGAAUACAAAUUCGGCCGGCGUAAGUACUCUCAAAUGUGUCAGAUAAUUUUCUAUGAAUUGAUGAAAUGCAUAUUUCAAUGUACAUACUUACGCGUCGAUAAAAAAGUCGAAGAAAAAUUCCCGAACAGAGCUGAUUUAUCACAGACUGACAACCGUGGACCUAAUACCUUUGAGACACUCGACUGGACCAUAUACUAAUUACGGUUUAAUUGAAACGGUUCGGGCAAGCGUAUAUAAUAAUAUACAUUAAUAAUUGAACAUUGAAAUCCGUCUCAUUUGUUUUGAAACUCGAGCUAGUCGCCACGAUGGUUCCUUGGUUAUCUGCUCGGAAGUAAUGGCACUUCAGAGGGUAUCAACGGCGCACGAUAGGUCGAUUAACAAAUUAUAAUUAUUACAAACAUUUUUACCAUUCUUUAGCGUAGCAAUUUAUUGUAUUAUGUAUAAAUAACAACAAUACAUGGAUAAUUUAUUCGCGUAGAAUAAUAACUCAGCGGCAUCAAAUAGAAUAAAAUUAUUUCACAACUGUUUGCAUUCAAUGCAGUGUUCGACGUUGUGACUGACUUCAAUUAUUCUGUUUACCCGUAGAGUUAAAGGGGUGCACUUUUCUCCACACAAUUCUAUCGGUAUUCAUUAUGUAAUCUGUGCAUUAGCUACCCCAAGCGACCACCGCUGUAUAUUAGCAUGCAAUCAAAUUAUAACACACGCCGCGCGUUAUGGACAUUUGUUAGUAAUUCAAAUACAAUGCAUAAGUGAUUGCAUUUUAAAUAAUUACUUAAAAGAGUUGCUUUGUUUUUAUUAUUUUACACGAUAAUUAUUAUUUCGCGUAAUGUACUCAUUGGCUUAUGACCACACAGGUUUGGCGUUGCGUGCUUACUGCAAUGCCGCAACAGUACAUUGUGUUGUGACCUAUAUUUUAACUAAAAUAACUCAUCAACAAGUCAUGAUCAAAAUUUCCGUAUUGCCAACAAAUAUUUUUAUGAACACAGUGCCAGGACAGUGAUCGUUUGAAAACAAACUGGAAAUACCAAAUGAUUCUUUAACAAUAAAAAUGCCGUCUCACUUAAAUUUCUCUUUUAUACAAUGUACAUUUUUUAUUUGAAACAUUUACUUCAAUCAAAAGUUUAAAUUAAUCAUUACAUAACUUCAUCAAAACAACUAAAUUGAGUUUUAUAUACUAUUUGGGUUAUUAUUAUGGGAAAAAUCAAAACGGCGAAACGAAUAGGCAAUGUUGGUACUGUGGUGUAAUGAACGUUAAUAGUAUGUUGCUACGCAAUAAUUGUGUUGCAUGUCUGCUAUUGUACUUACUUAUAAUUAUUAUUUUCAAAAUCGUACAAAUAAAUGAAUUCUACUUGUAGAAAAACAUUAGGGCAUCAUUUUUAAUUUUGAGACAUUACAAGCAAGCAAACGCAUAUUAUUUUCAAAAAAUAAUUUCUAAAAACACGUUAAGAUUUUUCUAUUGAGAUAGUAGGCAAAUUGAUCGAAAUCAAUACGCGCUGGUUUAAGUGUGCUAAAGUAGUUUUUUAUGUUGUCAUUUACGCCGAUAAAAUAUUCAUGUACCUAAGCCAUUAAAAACCAAAUCAUUACACCACAUCUAUCCGGUUGGGUUAUUGUUGUUAGCGUUAUUGAUCGAUGAGAAUAUUUAAAUAGGCAUCCAUAUUUUAUAGGGAAUCUUCCUCGAACACUCGACACGGUAAACAUGUUAUUAUUGUCGGUAUUAAACUUAUUAUUAAAAUUAUUUAUUGAAAUAUGCACCGAGUCGACAGCGGAGUACAAAACAACAAUAGUAAUUAAUUGAUACCGUCUCUAAAUGCAAAAAUGCCUAGUGGGAAAAUUCUUGAGACGCAACCGCCGAUAAUUAGGUAAAGAUUUGUACUGUAAUUGUAUUCCAGUGAGCGGCAAAAAAAACAUAAAUGCAUUAAAAAAAAUAACGUCGAGGCGAGUAACUAACACUCUCCCGCAGACUUUUUUCCUACUGUCACACUGUGCACACUAUCACACACUACUAUUAUAGUAUUAAAAUAUGCAAUAUGCCCGCUUAUAGUGUAUAGGCACACUGUAUUUUCUACAAUCAUUAUUACAUGUUAUUAUAAAUGCUAUUACAAUAUUUUGUGCUGUGACAUUCAAAUAACCUUUUAUCGGGGCUCUACACUUUUUUUUUUUUAUAAUAUUAUAAUUAACGUACCAUCAAACAGGUUCUGAAAAUAAUAUCAUACUGUCUAUGUAGGUGAGCUUUUUGUUUAAAAUCAAAAAGCGUUGAAGAACGUUGGCAAAACAUAUAUAAAGCGCAAAAUGGGUUCUUUUUUAUAUUAUUUACAAUUAUAGCUAAAUCUGAAUAGAUUUCAUGGUAUUUUUAAGAGGAUUUUGGCGCCGUGCCACACACGUUAACCUAUAGAGUACCUAUGAUAAUUCUUAUAGGUCAUGCCAGUACCUUCAAAAAAUUUGCUACAUUCGAAAAAUUUCAUUUUGACUUUCAUAUCACCAACACGUUUCCCCCAAGAUCAAAGUAUUAUUUUUAAAAGUAUUUUCCAGUUACUCAAAUUGUUUUAAAUAUUUGUGUAAAACAUUAGCAAAAUGUUUUAUGCCAAAAGAUCUGCACUCGGACGAGCGUUCUGAUUGUAGCGCGCCAACAUCCUCUUAUUGUCAGAAAGAUAACAUCAAUCUUGAUUUUUUAGCCUGUUGUGUUCCACCUUUAAUGUGAUACCGUGUGAUUUACAAACAACUAGGUGAUGUCGUUGUUCAGUCGUCCUUAUCUGUCUGUCAAUCAAAAUUUAACUUAGCGUCAUACUACGGUCCAAAAAAUAAUACAAACAAAAAAUAACCAGUAUCAACGUGUAGCGCGCGACAAACACCAAAAAUGUCUUAGACGCGCAAAGGGUUAAACGCCGCACCGCAGUAACAUGCCGACCGGCGAAACGGUGGAAGCCAUGUUACCCGCUUGUGUGUACUAGUGAUGGCCAGCUCUGGUAUGCAGGCCGCACUUUACAUACGAGAGAGGCAGAAGAUCCGCGUGAAAAAGAUCCGCCGGGAUAGAUUUCAGUUGCCGAGUCAUGUGGCAACCAAAAACAUUGCUCGGUUCCCAGAAUUCCCACCUACCACGUGGAAUAAAACAGCAGGGGCGUCCGUGGCUUGGCCGGGACCCGUUGGUCAGACUCCGGACAGCGAACUAGGUACUGCACCGGACGGUUCCAUACUUCUUCCCUUACCUGGCGAUCCGCAAAAGAAAUGGACGAAAAAAAACAAGAUCCACGACGCGUUGUCGUUCGGCGACAGCAGUGGCGACCGUCGCCUGUACGAGCUGCAACAAGGAGCGGCGGCCAACACGUUGUUGUACGUGGGCCUGUGCUCGGUGGCGCUAGGGCUGAUCAUAUCGUUCGUUGGCACCGGCGAGAAGGGCUUCAAGACCGUUCAACUAAGGUUCAUCGGGCCCGGCAUGAUUGUCAUCGGCGUAUGCUGUUGCGCCGUCCGCAUCAUGUUGUGCUUCUGCCCGGCUUUUUGUUUCAAGCGGCGGAGGCACAAGGGCCCAUCCGGUAAGAUGGCCGAGUUCUACAAGUACAUGCCGUUCCGCAAUCACCCACUGGCGGCCGCCCCGGCUACCGAAGCGGUGCCUAUGACCGUCCUAAAGCCGGCGCUCAAACGUACGUGUGAUGCGGCGGUAACUUCCACGGCCCCUACCACGACAGCUAACAGCCAACACUUACAAAAGUGCCAACAGUCGGUCAUGCGGCCGUUUCCCAUGGCCACGCCUGAGGCCAGUCUGGAAAGCAGCCUAGAGCACCUGAUCGAAGAAGACGACCAUUUGUACACCAAGGACGAAAUGGACUCCAAGAAGAAUCUGUCGAGUCUGAAAUCGACCAUCACGUUCGAGGACUCGCUGAACGUGGGCACCGAAAUGAUGGUCAAGUCGUUUGAGGAGCUGCACGACACGUCUUCCUUGCCCGGCGGUAGCGGCGGCGGGGGGCCUGCAACAGUCGACCCGCAAGAGCUGGUACUGAGCGCGGCUAAUCUACCAAAAUAAUCGCUUCAUCGUAUCGGAGUCCAUGCACGGCUGGACGCAUUUGGCUGUGAUCGAUGUACUCGUACUUAUGUAUAAUAUUACUGUACAGACUUGGGAAAAAUCUACAUUUGUACGGCACAAACUCAAAUAAUAACCCCUAAACGCAACAAAAAUACAUAAACGACACUUGUAAACAAUUUAAUAUCUUUCUAGAUUGUAUUGUUUCUGAUUUACGUGUAAACGGAUAAACCAUAAAGGUCUAGAAAUUAGAAUACAGUCAUUACUAGUAUUGUACGACGCGUGUAGCCUGUAGAGUUCAAAACCAAUAUAGAUGCAAGUUACAACGUUUUGUAAAUGUUAAGUUUGCGUUAGGUAUAAUAAAUGAUAAUAGUGUACCUACCCACGAAACGGGUCGGCCAAUAAUUGGUAUGUACACCAAUAAACUAUCCAUAGCAUGUAGAAUAUCAUACCAUACAUCUCAAUCUUAUUGAUAACUGCCGACUAAUUAUUAUUUAGUGUUUACUUGCAAAUGUUAGUGUUACGAUUAGUUAUGAUCAUGAUCAUUAUGCAAUUUAUAAAUUAUAUCAAACGUUUACAUUUAUUAUUGUUAUGACUUAUGAGUGAAGUGGUAAAAACA